UUCUUAAGCGUGGAAGUGAGUGGGGGGUUAGUAGAAGACCGAGUCAAAAAAUUUGAAGAUCUCGGAAAGGAAAACGGUUCAAAGACUGUAUUUCUACCUCCAAGAAAGCCAGAUGCCACACCUGUUGUGAUGAAUUCGGCUUUUCAAAUCGUGAAAGCGAAAGCGAAAGCGAAAGCGAAAGUUCCGCAGCCGACCAAACCUGCAGAACAACCAGACGUGAACAAAAAAGACGCAAAACAAAUGGCAGCUUUGCAUUAUGCUGCAGAGACUGGUGAUGCGAAGGAAGCUCAAAAACUAAUCGACAAUGGAGCCGACGUCAAUAUUGAGAAUGAACUGAAAAUGACACCUCUUCAUUUUGCUGCAAUGGAAGGUUACAGGGAUGUCAUUGAAGUGCUUCUCAAGAAUAAAGCCAAUGUUAAUAUUAGAAAAUGUGCAAGGUCAGCUCUUCAUUUAGCUGUUGUAUAUGGUCACAAGGAUGUCGUUGAAUUGCUCAUUAAAUAUAAUGCUAAUGUUAAUUUGGAAGAUGUUUAUGGUCGAACACCUAUUUAUUAUGCUAUUUAUAAUGGCCACAAGGAUAUCACCAAACUUCUAAUGGACAAUGGAGCCGUUCAUCAUUAA